UCCUCUACUCCCUUUCCAGGCUCUCUAUAUAUUCAUCUCUGUAUCUUGUUUUAUUUUCUGCAUCCCAAACAAAGAUAAAUACAUUUUCAAGUCAGAAAAAAAAAAAAGGGCUAGUCAUGGUUGGAACAUCCAAUGCCACAGUUCCUGUAACAGUUCCAACUGAAUACACUUGUUUAAAGUUGAGUUUCGAUAACCUAGAGGAAGAUGCAAAGCGAUGCCUCUUGUUGGCUUCUCUAUUCCCGGAAGAUUCUGAAGUUUCUGUCACCGCCCUGAUGCGUUUAGCAACAGGCUCACAGCUUUUGGAAUGUAAAAGCGUACGCACCAUGAUUGGUAUUCUCAAGUCAUCCUCGAUGCUGCUUCAGGGUAAGGAUGAUCAACAUUUCAAAAUGCAUGAUGUGAUCAGGGACGAAGCAAGAUCCAUAGCCAUCAACGACUAUGCAUAUUCAUUUACAAGAUGUGGCUCCCUGUUGCCUGACAAUUCUGCCCUUUAUGAAACGCUGAGUGUACUGCAUCUAGAAGUGGACAAGAAUGAUUUUCGUUUUCCAGAUGAUCUGGUGUGCCCGAAUGUGCAUACCUUGUGGCUGCGAUCAACGGCAUGUGAUGAUGAACUGAUUGCCUCCCCACUUGGGUGGAUGCCAAAAGUAGCAUGGGCAGGGCCUGAAAACACAUUCCAGGCAUGGGACCUCUCCAGAAUGUUUGUGAAUCUCAAAUUUCUGGUGCUGGUAAAAUGUAAUUGGGAACCGCCUUUCUCUCUUAAAGCCUUGGAUACACUAAGGACGCUUAUCUUGGAUCGUUGCGACAUUGGCCAGACUGAUGCUACUUUCUUUCCGGAAAACCUAGAAACUCUUUGCAUUUGGAACUGUAAUCUCCCACUACUGCUGGAUUUACCAAAUCUGCAACAUCUUCUAACGCUAGAAAUCCAACACUGGCCAAAUUCUCCCCUGUUAGUGGCAUCGAAUGUCAUAUCAAGUUUGAUUCGUCUGGAGGAAUUGCAUAUACUAAAUGUAUUUUGCAUCAUUGACAAGACAGCACUGUCCAAUCUUGCUGAAUAUGAAGGCUCACUUGAUGAUCUAUCCGAUGAUGAUUUCACAAUUUCCGUGUUGGACGAGAUCUGUAAAUUGACUCGUCUGGCAAGCUUGCAGAUAUCUUUACACAGUUCUGAGCCUUUUCAGCGUACAAAUAUUUUAUUUAGAAAUUUACUUGAAUUUAAUAUAUGGGUGGGCAAGACGGGGAACUUGACCUAUACCGAUGAUCAUCCAGCUUCAAGUGUUUCAAAAAUAAUUGAAUUGUGCAAUUAUCAGUCAGAAGGUUUGGAUAGUGUGGUGGAAAGCGCAGAAGAAGUGACAAUGCACAGCAGCCAUGUCGAUAUGAGUAGCAUUCUGAGUGCCAACAAAGAAGCAUUUGCAGACUUGAGAAGCCUGAGCAUUGAGAAAUGUAACAAAAUGGAGCAUCUGGCAAGGAUUUCACGUCAUGAAAUUCAGCAUAGUCGUCAACCACUGACAUGUUUCUCUAAACUUGUCAGUUUAAAAAUUACUAAUUGCUCCGCGAUGGAAUACCUUUUCUGCAGCUCUGUAGCAAAAUGUUUACUGCAACUGCAAGAGCUCCGCUUAAAAGAUUGUCCGGGGAUGGAAGCUAUAGUAAUGGAUGAAGGCACCAGUGAUGCAGAUAUCAUAAACUUCCCCAAGUUAAAAUUGUUAAAACUACAUGAUGUACCUAGACUGAAAAGCUUCUGCAGGGGGAAGACACCAAGGAUGGACAACUCUGGCAACAAGUGGGUUCAAUCUCAACCUCUAUUUGAUGGAAUGGUUAAGUUCCCUUGCUUGGAGAAAUUGAAGCUCAUGGGUUUGAAAUACAUUACUGAUAUCUGGGGAAAGCACUGUUAUAAUGACAAUAUAUCAUGCUUUUCCCAAAUAAAGACGAUCAGUAUAGGAUUUUGCAAUCAACUGAACGUUGGUAUCCCACAUGCCAUGUUGAAUAGGCUACAGAAUCUGGAAGAUCUAAAAAUCUUCUCUUGUGAGUCCUUGGUUUCGGAAGUUGGCACCUGUGGUAGCAGCACAGUGAUAUGUCCACUGUUAGCGUUGAGAACUCUAACUUUAUACAGUCUGCCUUAUUUGACAAUCACGGGGCUGAAUUCGAGGGAAAUUUCUGGUGCAACAACUUUAUAUCCAAAUCUUGAAUACCUUAGGAUAGAAGCAUGUGGCUUGACAAGGGUGUUCCUACCUUCUAUUGCCAGAGAUCUUAUCCACCUCAAGCAAAUGUCUGUAGCGGAAUCCGAUUCAGUGAGAGGUAUAAUAACUGGGAGAGCUGAUGAGGAGGAACUCAGUGAUAACAUCAUUUUUCCUGAGUUAAUCAAGCUACGAUUGAAUGAAUUGGAAAAUUUGAAGAGUUUUUGGUGUAACCCGAGUGGGGAAGCUAAUACCUACAAGGUUGAAUUCCCGAAAUUGGUGGAUUAUGAACUGCGAAUACAGGAUCCUGAUCACUCGGAACCUAAAGAGUUGGGCAUGAUGAUUCCACCGGUCAACUGAAGAGCCCAUAUAUGUUGUCAUAAUCCUUGGACAUAUAUGGACAUUCUUUGGACAACUUGUUGGUAGCGUAAGCUGAAAUCUCUUGCAGUUUUUUUUAAAGAAUAUAAGUGAUUUAAGCUCAAAAGUUUUGGAUGCUUUGUUCCACUUCCACUCUUUCCAAAUUCCUAAGGUCGGGAAGUCUAUGACAAUUCCAAUAAUUAGAAAUCUCUGAGAAAAGUUAUGAUGUAGAGGGUGAUGUUGCUUCUAGAAAGAGGAAGAUGUUCAGUUGAGUGAUUAUUCUUAAGGAUUUACCAAACCUUUGCAUGUCUGUUUUGGAAGAUUAUAAUCUUCGGAUGAUAACCUUAUUUUCUCUAAAUUUAAAGGAUUACAACGAAGUAAUCAGGGUUUUCUCUC